AUGGCUCGUCGCUCUUAUAUUGUAUUAGCGUUAGAAUCUUCAUGUGAUGAUUCAUGUGUCGCUUUAUUAGAUAAAUUUUCACCAGUUAAACCGCCUAGAAUAAUAGAUCAUUUUAAAAAAACAUUAAAUUCAGCAGACCUAGGUGGUAUAGUACCCACAGAAGCUUAUAAAUAUCAUAUGUCAACUAUCUCAAAACUAACUAAUGAAUUAUUGUUGAAACAUAAUUUAAAUUCAAAAAAUCCCCCCGAUUUAAUCUGCGUAACGCGAGGUCCAGGUAUGUCAGGUAGUCUAAGUUCUUCAACCGAAUUUGCUAAAGGACUAAGUGUAGCUUGGAACGUUCCAUUAGUUGGUGUUCAUCAUAUGUUGGGUCAUUUAUUAACUGCUUUUUUAUCAAAAUCAAAUCAACCAAAAUUAGGUCCUCCCAACUAUCCAUUUUUAAGUUUACUUUGUUCUGGAGGUCACACAAUGUUAGUAUUAUCUAAGAGUUUAAUAGAUCAUGAAAUUAUAAUAAAUACGAAUGAUAUUGCAGUUGGUGAUUCAUUGGAUAAAUGUGCUCGAGAAUUAGGCUUAUAUGGGAACAUGUUAGGCAAAGAACUAGAGAUGUUUAUAGACAAUUUCACACCUGAAGAAAAAGAAGAGUUUGGACACAUAGAUGUUGAUUCAAAAGUAUCAAAUAAAUACAAUUUUACAAUUAAGCUACCUUAUUUGACUCCCAAACACGGUCAACAUGGUAAUAAUUUAAAAUUCAGUUUUGCUCAAUUUUUAAGUAAUAUAUUAGGUUACAAGAAGGAAAACAAAAUUGAUGAAACAACUCGAAAGUUUAUCGCUUUUAAAACUCAAGAGUUUAUCUUUGAUCAUAUGGUCGAUCGCAUCAAUAAAUCUUUUAAAUUGCAUGGUAAUGAAUUCAAAAGUGAUGGAAAAUUUAUUGGAGUUAAGGAUUUUGUAUGCUCUGGUGGUGUUGCUGCAAAUCAAACUUUAAGAAAUAAAUUAUCAAACAAUUUAAAGGGUGAUUUAAUUGAUACUGAAUCUUUAACUUUUCAUUUCCCUGAUUUAGCACUUUGUACUGAUAAUGCAGUAAUGAUUGGAUUAGCAGGAAUUGAAAUAUUUGAAAAACUAAAAUUAAAAACUGAUUUAAGUUUUACACCAAUUAGAAAAUGGCCAAUAAAUGAGUUAUUGAAAGCAGAUGGUUGGAUUAAAGUAGAAGAUGAGGAAAUCAAUAGAGUAAAUAGAGUAAAUACAGUUUGUAAAUAG